ACGGUCGUUUUAUUCUUUGCUGUCUAUCAUAUCGAACGUUCUUUAAUUAAAAUAGUCUAUACCUUAUGUUGAAAUUACGUUACUGUUUGUUAUCCAAAGAGUUUACGUAAUUAUUUAUAUAAGAUAUGUCACGUUAUCGACAUUCCGAACUUGCGAACGUAUCACUUGUUUCUGUUAUCAAACGUAUAGUCUUACAACAGCGCUAGAGAUCUUCCUUUUAAAAGUACUAGCUUGUAAAAGGGACAUUAGGUAGCGAAAUAAAACAUGAAAUAAGAGCAAGUCCACAGAAAUAUUUCCUAUUACUACGCAAAAUAAAUAAUUGGAAUCUUUGUCAAAUAUAAUGGUCAUAAAUCAACAAGUAAUUUAACAAUCUUCACUUUAACACCAAUAUGUAUAGCGCUGAUAUACAGGGAUAUUUUAACGAAAUUCAAAAUUUAUUUUAUCCUAGACAUAUGAAAACGUUUCCUGAAACAAAUGUACAUUUUUUACAUAAUCUAAACAAUCAAAUGUGACUUUAUGUUAGCCGCAUCAAUGUAUGCGCAUGCGCUCAAUAUUAAACGGAAACGUGAAUAUUGUACAUAGUGUAUGUGUGUGCAUGUAUAACAUAGCCGAGUAACUUGUGUUUCGCGCUGUUCAGUUUUCGUCUGCAGGCCUCUCUGGUUUUUUUCCUGUUUGCACCGAACACGUUUCUAGUGGUUUUCUAUUUUAAUCCGUCAAUUUGCGCUUUCUGUUAAGGUGUCUAUAACAUGCUUCAAAAAGGUCCACGUCCAUUAGUUGUGUGUGGUCCAUCGGGAAGUGGAAAAAGUACAUUGAUAAAGAAGCUAUUUGAGGAAUACCCGGAAAAAUAUGGAUAUUCUAUUUCACAUACCACUAGAAAACCCAGGCCAGGAGAAGAAGAUGGAAAGCAUUAUUACUUUACAUCCAAAGAAAAGAUGCAGGAACAGAUAGAAACGGGAGAAUUCCUUGAGACUGCUACAUUUAGUGGAAACUUAUAUGGCACUAUGAAGCAAUCGGUGGAAGAUGUACAAAGGGAAGGUAAAAUCUGUGUAUUAGAUAUUGAAAUGCAGGGGGUGAAACAAGUGAAGCAAACUUCUCUGAAUCCAUUGUACGUAUUUAUCAAGCCACCAAACAUGGACGAGCUAGAGAAAAGAUUGAGGAACAGGAAAACUGAAACAGAGGAGGCUUUACAGAAUAGAUUAUCAAUCGCCGUGACAGAAAUAGAAUACGGUCAGAAGUCUGGUAACUUUGAUUUAAUAAUCGUAAACGACGACGUUAAUAAAGCAUAUGAGGAGCUAAAAGAGUUUAUAAACGAGAAUAUCCAACAAAAAUCCGAUGCUGGUAUAAAAUAGAAGCAGGUGGUAUAAAUGGAAACAUACAUUUAUACACUACAUAAGGCGUUUUAAAUCAUUCAUACAUUUGCAGACUGUUAAAUUAAUGCUUCCCAAAAGAAUACAUUUGCCUGACAUUAGGUCAUAAUUAUUUUUAUAUAUCAUUAGAUAACUCGUAGUAAUAAGUAAUUGUUACACAACGGGCUGUACGGUAGAUCCAUGUCGAGAAAAGGGAAUGGAUUUAGACAGAUAAUUUUAUACAGCAGUAAGAUAUUUGUAAUAUUGAAGAGUAACUAUAUGAGUAUGCAGGAUGCCUAAGAUCUUGUAUGCGCCGAAGUUUACUAUACAAAUUUAACGAAUGAUAGUGCUUUAUUUAUUGUGUGCAACUUUCUAUUUUUUAAAAUAUAUGAUCUUUCAAGUGACAGGAACUCGUUUGUUCUAAAGUUUUCUAUAUUAUACGCUCGUUGAGCGUUUCAUAGGGGGAAAGAAUUUAUUUUUAUAUCUUCGGACUGAUCGAAGAUGAAUAAAAGCCUUAGUUGUACAUACCUUCCAGUAAGGUAUUAAUCUCAUAAGCAUGAAGAAACUUAAUACUAUUUAGUGUUGAAGCGGUAUAUACGUAUAUGAAAGGUUGUGGAUUUAAGAAUCCAAAGUUGUUAUUUAUUAUUGGACUGCCUUUAUGCGUUUACGGUCUAUGAAAAUCGUCAAAUGUUUAUAAUUCCUUUUUUCCCCACUACUGUUAAUGGUGAAUAGCAUGUAAUCUUUUUGUUACUUUAAAUCUAUAAGAGUAUAAAUUUACGCAGUUUCGCAGUCCAUUUGCUACACGCAUGACUAGGAAUUUAUUAAUCCUUUGCGAGUAUUAUUGUAUUUUGUUUUUUAAACUGCUAUUUAUACAUCGAAGUGGAUCGUGUACGAGUCUAGACGCUAGUUGAUCGUUUGUACAAUUUAAAUUAUAGUAAAUAAGUGUUUGCAUGUUGUACGAGAGGUAGCGAAUUAGUUUCGAUUCUCGCCGUGAGUACGAAAUGAUUUUCGAACUGAAAAGAAAAAAAUCUGAUCGACGUGUGGGUGACUAUCGAUUUGCGGAACGAUAACACCGGGAGAAACAGAUUCGCUAUCGAAAAGAAAAAGGGGUAGAGGAGGAAGAAUUAGUUCGAUGAAUUAAUUAUAAAUAUUCUAGAUAUAGAUACCUGAGAUUAUCCACCAAACGAAGUUGUGUUCCAACUUAUUAACUAAUAAGUUCCAUCGUCCCCGUACAAUGUCUCAUUCGAAUGAAGAGUAAGACAAACGCGAUUGCGUGGACAUUCCUUCAAGAAUCUUCGUUAAAAAUAAAAGAAAUCGUCGUAUUGUUACGAGUAUUCCCGUCAGUGCUGUAAUAUGUUGCUGAUUUCGCGAUCGUAAAAGACGAAAUAUUUUCCUAUACACGGUUAUUACUUGUUAAUACCUGUAUGGUUGUAUUAUUGUAAUUAAUAGUUACGAAUGUUUAACGUAGACAAAGCAUAGUGAUAUACGUAAACGUUGUUGUAGAACAUUAUAAUACUAUUGCUGUAGCGUAAGAAAUAAAUAUUUCAGUCAACUUAA